AUGGUACUUAAACAAGUGAUAAUAUCCAUCAUAGUUGCUGUCAUAGCAUCCAUAGCUUUGAUAAACACAUAUAUAUACUUUAGCCAGGAUAAUCUUAUUUUCGUAAAAAAAGACAUCGAUCCCAUAUAUAACAAACCCUUAGGAGAUAAUUAUGAAGAAGUUAUGAUAAAAACCGAAGAUGGACAUCAAAAUAAAUGUUGGUUCAUAAAAGCAAAAGAUUAUGAAAGCAAACCAGUUAUUCUUUAUUUUCUUGGAAAUGGAAGUUACGUAGAAAAGAAUGUUAAUAUAUUCAAUUUGAUGGUUGGAAGAGUAGAUGUGAGCAUUUUCUCGUGUUCAAAUCGAGGUACCGGGGAUAAUACGCUUAGCCCAUCAGAAGCUGCAUUUUACAAAGACGCUCAAUCAUACUUAAAUUAUCUUAAAAUGAAAAAUAUGAAAAAUAUAUUUUUAUUUGGAACGUCUAUGGGAUGUGCUGUUGCUAUUGAAACUGCUAUGAAUAAUCCGAAUAGUAUAUCGGGUUUAAUUGUUCAAAACCCAUUUUUAAGCAUGAAAGAAAUGGCAAAGCUUGCAAAACCAUUCCUAUUUUUUAUUAUUUUAUCUUAUGAUUUAAUAAUAAGAACAAAGAUGAAUAAUGAGGAAAAAAUAAAGAAGAAUCGCGUUCCAAUUUUGUUUAAUAUUUCUGAAAAGGAUAAAAUCGUUCCCCCAGAACAUGGAAAAAAAUUACAUGAGAUAUGCCCAAGCAAAAAGUUUAUUUAUACUGCAAAAGACGGAGAGCAUAAUGACAUUCUUGUAAAUGAUGAUGGAUCAUAUCAUCGAUCAAUGAAAAUAUUUAUUGAAACAGUCAACUCUACAUAUAGCAAAAAAUAA